CUGCAGGACGUGAAGGCGGACGAGGCCGACGAAAUGCGGCCGCUGUCGGAUCUGGCGGCGGCGCUCGGCAUGCACUUCGUCUUCGCCGAUAGCUGGGCCCCGCAGUACGGGAACGCCGUCCUCUCCAAGUGGCCGAUCAAGCAGUCCGCGGUUCACAGGAUCUUCGACGACUCCGAUUUCAGAAACGUGCUGAAAGCGACCAUAGAUGUUCCUGAGACGGGGGAAGUGGAGUUCCAUUGCACACAUCUUGAUCACUUGGAUGAGAACUGGAGGAUGAAGCAGGUUGAUGCUGUCAUCGCAUCCGCCAACGGAGCACCUCACGUCCUUGCUGGUGCUCUCAAUUCUCUCGACGAAACCGACUAUUCUCCCGAGAGAUGGUCCGACAUCGUCAGGUAUUAUGAAGAGAUGGGUAAGCCAGUGCCAAAAGCUGAAGUGAUGAGAUACUUGAGGAGGAAAGAGUACACGGACGCCAAGGAUUUUGGAGGAGAGUGCGAAUCGGUGGUUGUGGUAGCAAAAGGCCAAAAUGUGCAGGGGACGUGCAAAUACGGGACAAGAGUGGACUACAUAAUGGCAUCGCCUGAGUCUCCGUACAAGUUCGUGCCCGGUUCUUACUCUGUUUUGUCCUCCAAAGGCACCUCCGACCAUCACAUCGUUAAGGUUGAUGUCGUCAAACUCCGUACCAAGCACCUUCAGAUUCCCAACAGAUAGAGUUUUUGAUCGAUGAAGAUUACACAUUUUAAACACUAUGGCGCGAGUUUAUUUCCAGAUAUACAUAUAUAUAUAUAUGUAUAUAUAUUCCGUCAUUGAUGUCAUGUGUAUAUAUUUCAUAGACUAGCAUGGUCUCUGCUUUUGCUUAUCACCUUGGCUUUCUGAUUCUCAAUGAUCCUAUUCUGAGCCCUUUGACUUUUUACACUGGACGUAAGUGGUUUAACUAUA